AUGUCUGACUAUCUUCCUCAGGAAGUAUGGGCCAACGUUUUCCUCUGGCUACCCGUCAAGACGCUCAUCGGAAUCAGGUCGGUCUGUAAGUAUUUCGACCACAUCAUCCGCAACCCCUCUUUCAUUUCCGACCACCUCGCAAUCUCCAAACAAAAUCAAAUCCCUCUCGUUCGAUUCCUUAGGGGAAGAGAAAAAUCCAAGCGAAAAGAGCACUACGCUCUCAUACCCAAUAACCUCGAAUACCUCGAAGACAUUCGAGAAAUCGAUUUCCCAUUUAGGUCUGAAUGCUACAAACAUUUCAAUGUAAUCGGAGCCUGCAACGGGUUGAUCUGUUUGUCCGAUGAGAGUUACUGUCGCUCUCGUGGUAUUAUACUGUGGAACCCGUCAAUCAAAAGGUACUUAGCCCUCCCCAAACCUCAAUUCUCUCUCAAAUCCCUCGAGGGGUUUUAUUUCUCGUAUGUGGUCGGUUUCGGGUAUGACUGCGGGUCAGACGACUACAAGGUGUUGAGGAUUACAUAUGUGGAUGUAAUCAGAAUCGGGAAAAAGCGGCGUGUCGACCCGCCUAAACCUGGUCCCGUGGUUGAGAUAUACACGGUCAAGUCGGGGUCUUGGAGGAAUUUAAAUAUAGAUGAGCUAACUUGUCCUUAUCAUUUUUGUGGUACCAAUCAGGCUUUCGUGCAGGGAUGCUUGCAUUGGCUGAACGGGUCAUCUUCGAUUAGUUGUUUUGAUUUGAGAAAUGAGGUGUUUAAUGGCGGGAUAGGCUUACCCGAGGGUGUAUACGGGUGGAAUUCUCACUUGGCGGUGCUCGGGGAAAAGCUUGCCAUUGUAGAGGAUCAUCACAACGCGGUUAAGGGGAUUGCUAAUGUGUGGGCCAUGGAGGAGUAUGGGGAGGUGGGGUCGUGGAGGAAGCUGUACAAUGUUGAUACAAUGCCCGGAUUUUUCUUGUUCGUGGGGUUCACGGACAAUGGGAACAUAAUGGGCACCUUCGACCGUAACAAGCUUUAUUGUUAUGAUCCGGACAAGGAUUUCUUGAACAAUCUGUGCACUCGUGGGGCUGUGGACUCGUUCCACGUGGAGAUGUAUGUGGAGAGUUUGGUUCUAUUUGAUGGGGAGAGUGCCGUUCCCAGGUCGGAGGCUAUUACCUUGGAAGGUGAAGAUUGGGAUGAGUUCUCCAUUUAUAUAAACCAUGGUGGAAAAUUCAAUAGGACCAGUUUAGGGAUGGAAUAUGAUGGAUUUGGUUUUAAGAUUUUACAUGACUUAGAUGUCGAUAGGUUUGGUUAUCUAGACUUAGAGGAUGAAGUGCAAAACCUUGGAUACACAAGUUGGGGUCCGUUUUAUUACAAAGUUCCAGGGGUUGAAAGGCCUGAUUCUAUGAGACUUGUCCAUAAUGAUGAUGGAGUAAUGGAGAUGAUUGGAUAUGUUCAAGAGAAGGUAAUUGAUGUUUAUGUGGAUAACUGCUUGGAAGAAGAAAAUGAGGGUGAUCAUAAUUACUCUGAAAUUCAGACUCAUGAAGAUGAGCAUAUUAUGAUGAUACCAAUGGGGAAGGACAAUACUGAGGGGAAAGGCUUUUCUGAUAGUGGUGAAGAUGAAGAUUAUGUGCCUGUAGAUGAGAGUUCAUCUGAUGAUGGAUUGUCAGAUCAUGAACUUGCUUCAGAUGAUGAAGAGAGAAUUGUUGCCAGGAGGAAUUUUAAGGAAUAUAAGAGGGCUGCUCCAUCUGAGGAGGAUGUUAGUUAUGUACAAGUGGAAUUUCCUGAUGAUCUACCAAAACCACAAUCUGAGGGUUCAGAUUAUGACCAUGUUGUAGUAUCAAACUCUUCCAGUGGUGAUGAGUUUGAUGUAGAUGAGGGGAGACCUUUUGGAUUUUGCAUAAAUUUGGGAUGGAAUUAG